AUGGCGACCAUCCAAGGCACCUGGACUCUGACUCGACGAGCUGAUUCACUUCAACGCUCCUCCCAAACCCUUUCCACACUCGGCAACCGCGCCCUGAUCUUCGGAGGCGAGCUUCAUCCCCGCCAGCCUCGCGACAAUAACGUUCACAUUCUCAAUUUCAUUCCGGGCAGACCAAAAGCCAGUCUGCAGGAAUUUGAAGCACAUUUUACUGGGAAACCCGAGGAUGUAGGUGACUGGCCCUUAGCACGUGUUGGUACAGCCAGCACUGUCGUGGACGAUCGGAUCUACUACUUCUCAGGUCGCGGUGGUGUGGAUAUGGCGCCUAUAGAUGAACAAGGCAAGCUAUGGCAGUUUUGUUUCUCUGACGCCCAUGGUGUUGGUUGGAAUGAGAUUUCACCGGCCGACAACUCUCAACCAGCCCCAGAGCCUAGAAGUUACCAUUGCAUGGCCUCUGAUGGGACAACAACUCUCUAUGUCCAUGCAGGAUGUCCCGCCUCUGGGCGCUUAUCCGACCUCUGGGCUUUUAAUGUCAAUGAGAGGAAGUGGAGGCAGUUGACCUCUGCACCGGGUGCUCCCAGAGGAGGUACCUCGAUUACAUUCUCAAACGGGAAGCUAUAUCGCAUGGGUGGAUUUGAUGGCAAGCACGAAUUGGGUGGUGAGAUUGACAUUUACGAUAUCGCAUCCGAUAGGUGGAGCACUCAUACCUUCUCGCCCGAUGGAAACGAAGGUCCUGGUUGCAGGAGCGUUGGCACACUCCUGGCUAUCAAUGUACACGGAAGACCAUCACUGAUUACUGCAUUUGGAGAGAGCGAUCCAAGUGCUUUGGGUCAUGCUGGUGCUGGAAACAUGUUACCUGAUGCAUGGCUCUGGGAUAUCGAGACCAAGAAGUGGAGUAAGAUUGUCACGGAGGAGGGUGCAGAUGUACCACAACCUAGAGGAUGGUUUGCUGCCGAUGUAUUGAACAUUGAAGACAAAGAGGGCAUUAUUGUACAAGGAGGUCUGGCAGAGGACAACCAGCGCUUGGAUGACGCUUGGGUCUUGAGCUUUUGA